UUUCUCUGACCGCCGAGCCUCCAUCCCAUCCCGGAUCCUUUGCCGCAGCGUCAGCGCCGCCUCCUCUUCUUUUCCUCUUCCGCCCCCUCCCGCUUCCCGGCUUCUCCAGUCACGGUUCCCGGAGCCGGUAUUGAGCCCCGGGCCAAGGGGUGCCAUGCUGCCCUGGUGGUACUGAAGCAUGGCGACGCCGAUUCCUCCGCCUUCCUCGCGGCACCUGCGGCUACUGCGGCUGCUGCUCUCCGGCCUCAUCCUCGGAGCGGCCCUGAAAGGUGCCACCGCCCGCCGCCCGGAUGCUCCCACCUGUCCUGGAAGCCUGGAUUGUGCCCUGAAGAGGCGGGCCAGAUGCCCACCAGGUGCACAUGCCUGUGGACCAUGCCUUCAGUCUUUCCAGGAGGACCAGCGAGGGUUGUGUGUGCCCAGGAUGCACCAGUCUCCUGGAUUUCCUAUCUCCUCUUGGGCAGAAAAGGUGCCUGGGGUUGGGCAAGGGGAGGACCUGGCCCGGCCUAGACUGGAAGAAGAGAUCGAUUCUCUGGCCCAGGAACUGGCACUGAAGGAGAAGGAGGCUGAACACUCGCAGCUUACGGCACAGCCCUGGCCUGAGGCUGCGCAGAACCUCCUGGAGCCCGCAGCUACCCAGGGAUUCUCAAAGUGGGGUCAAGGACUGGAACCUGGCCUCCCCUCCACUCACGGAACCUCCCUGCCCACACCCCACGCCUCCUUGGGCUCCCCUGUAUCUUCUGGGCCUGUGCACAUGUCCCCGUUGGAGUCCCGGGGCAGGCAUGGAAAUGGCCUCACCCUUGUGCUGAUCCUGGCUUUCUGCUUGGCGAGCACAGCCGCCCUGGCAGUGGCAGCCCUCUGCUGGUGUAGGCUACAGCGAGAGAUCCGCCUGACUCAGAAGACCGACUAUGCUGCCACAACCAAGGCGCCCACUUCACCUGCGUCACCUCGAAUCUCGCCUGGGGAUCAGCGGCUGGCGCACAGCGCUGAGAUGUAUCACUAUCAGCACCAGAGACAGCAGAUGUUGUGCCUGGAGCGGCAUAAGGAACCUCCAAAGGAACUGGAGUCAGCCUCCUCUGAUGAGGAGAACGAAGAUGGUGACUUCACAGUGUAUGAGUGCCCAGGCCUGGCACCUACAGGGGAGAUGGAGGUGCGCAACCCACUGUUUGACCACUCCUCGCUGUCGGCGCCGGUGCCCGGUCCCCAUUCCUCACCUCCGCUGCAGUGACUCCUUGGCCUAUGCCCACUUGCCUGCAGCCCACAGCCCACCGAUGGGAGAAGCAAGUCCUGGUGUUCCCCAUGGAAAAGAACAGCAUUGUGACCUUCGGCAUGCUUUUGGCAGGAGGGAGGCACCAGUCCCUGGGCUCCCUUGCCAGGGAGAUACUCUACCUUAUGUGGGAGACCUAACUUCUGCUUGCACAUUCUCUCUCUGGUCUGAACCCUCAAACUUGAGGGACUAGUCCAGAGCCCUAGAGCCCAGGCAUGAAUAGAAAGUUCUGGAGAUAAAAGCCAAUUAAAGUCUUUUUCAAACCUUC